GAAAACUUCUACAACCUUUCAGUGCUGCUGAGUGAGUGAGUGCUUUGGGUGAACAGUGAAAGACCGGCAGUGUUUAGUCUUUUGUAGGCAGUCAAAGACAACGUUUAAUAAAUUAACUCGAAGGAUUACCAGGAACCAAAAACCAAAUAAGCAAAAUGUCUCUACGCGCAAUGCUAACUAAAAUCCCACAAACUACAAACCUAGUCAGACCAAUACUGAUCAAACCAAAUCAGUAUGUAGUACGUAGUCAACCAAAAUCAACUACCGGUAGAGGAGAAAUGUAUAUGUUCACAGCACAAGGAAUUAAAAAGUAUUGGGAGGUAAUUCCCCUAUUGGUUAUUGUGGGCGCUGGUGUUGUAGGUCUAGUAUAUGCUUCUGUACGUAGUGCCUUGACUCGCGAUGAUGUACGUUAUAACAACAAAUCGAAAAUGCUUUGCGAAAUUAUUGAUACAGACGAAAGCAAAAUACCUAAGCCUAGAAAGUUCUUGGUUUACAAUCAAAAAUACGAAACACCGAGUGGUUUAAUUGAAGCUGGUCAAGCUUUGAAAGAUCCUGCCACUGAAGCCAAUUAGAUGCUCUUACUUAAAAUUAUAACGUUGAACAAUAAUAUAUAUUUUUAAAAUAAAGUAAUUCCAAAUGUACCUCAAAUAAUUAUGAGAUAAAUAAUUAAUAAUUUUUAUGUAUAUUUAUGUAUGUAAGUGUAAAU